AAUUUCAACUGAAAACCGAAACAAAACCAAACAAUUUCAACAAAGUCGCGCGUGCGUCGUGCGAGUUGAGCAAAGUUUUGAAAUACCAAACGCAAAAUUGUGAAAUACAAAUAAUGAGUGUUUGAAACUGCAUUAAAACCGUAAUCAUAAACAGUGUUGUUUAAAACCGAAACUAACCGGAAAAGUACAAUAAAUUUAUUGAAGCACUUUGUUUCAACGUAAAUCAACCAAAAUGGUACGCAGCUUGGCACAGUGGACCAAAACGUUGAGUUUCCCCUCACGCUUGUCGCCCAAUCGCAAUUCCAAGGAUUGCUCAACACUGGCCAGCCCAGUGCCGCCGCCAACGCCGCCGCGCAACAAGACCAAAGGUCACAGCCACUGUGCCACAUCGCGCAGCACCUCCUCCACCGUGUCCUCGUCGCAUUCAUCGGCCGCUUCGCACAAUUCACCAACGCCGGGCAACAACAACAACAACAACAACAUCAACAAUAUGCCCAUCACGGAACUGGAACAGAUCAUUUAUCCCGGUCCAGAUCCGAAACAGGCCAUAAUGGGCUCCCUGGUCUUUUGCAUACACCACAAGCAGGGCUGCAAGUGGUCCGAUGAGCUGCGCAAGCUGAAGGGGCAUCUGAACACGUGCAAGCACGAUGCCACACAGUGCCCCAAUAAGUGCGGCGCACAGAUACCGCGCAUCAUGAUGACGGAUCAUUUGCAGUAUACAUGCACCAUGCGGCGCACUCGCUGCGAAUUCUGCCAGAGCGAAUUCUCGGGCGCCGGACUGGAGGAGCACAACGGCAGCUGCGGCCAGGAGCCGGUCUACUGUGAGGCCAAGUGCGGUCAGCGUGUGCUGCGCGGUCGCAUGACACUGCACAAAUCGAAGGACUGCGCCAAGCGCUUGCGUCGCUGCGCCCACUGCCAGCGCGAAUUCUCGGCGGACACGCUGCAGCUGCACGCGGCCCAGUGUCCGCGCACCCCGUUGGCCUGUCCGCAGCGCUGCGAUGCGGGUCCGAUAGCACGCGGCGAACUGGAGGCGCAUCUGCGCGACGAAUGCCAGUCGCUGGCGCUAGCCUGCAGCUUCAAGGAGGCCGGCUGCCGCUUUAAGGGACCGCGCCAGCUGCUGGAGGCGCAUCUGGAGAGCAGCGCCGCGGCGCAUUUGUCGCUGAUGGUGGCGCUGAGCACGCGCCAGGGUCAGCAAAUACAAAUGCUCAAGUCGGCGGUGUCGAAGCUGUCCAUCAACUAUACAGGCACGCUGCUCUGGAAGAUUACCGACUGGUCGGCCAAGAUGAACGAGGCACGCGGCAAGGAUGGCCUCGAGCUGGUCUCGCCGCCAUUCUAUACCUCACAGUACGGCUAUAAGCUGCAGGCGUCCAUGUUUCUCAAUGGCAACGGACCCGGCGAGAAUACCCAUGUCUCCGUAUACAUUAAGGUGCUGCCGGGCGAAUAUGAUGCGCUGCUCAAGUGGCCCUUCUCCCACUCGAUAACAUUCACGCUGUUCGAGCAGGGCGCCCAGAGCGGCCAGGGCGGUGUUGCCGAAUCAUUUGUGCCCGAUCCCACCUGGGAGAACUUCCAGCGGCCAUCGAAUGAGCCCGACCAGCUGGGCUUUGGCUUUCCACGCUUCAUCUCGCACGAGCUGCUGCACAGCCGACCGUUCAUCAAGAGCGAUACGGUCUUUCUGCGCGUCAAGGUCGAUCCCAGCAAGAUUGUCGCCGUCUAAGGAGAGCUCGCACCGUUUCCUGGAGCCUUAAGCCUGAACACUCGACUUUCUUAAAUACCGUGUAUUUGAAUGUGCGAGAGUGUGUAUACCCGACUGGGCCUGUGUACAUAAUAUUUAAGUAAGCGUUUGGCUUCGGGCGUUGUUAGCCGCUUGGUUCUAACUGGCCUUUGAAUGCUGAACUGCCACGCCUACCGCGUAAUAGUCAUAUACCUUAUAUACAUACAUAUACAGACACACAUAUAUAUAUAUAUCUAUAUAGGUUUUUGCAGUGCUGGAAUUAAACCAAAG